GAUUAUGGGCGCGAUUGCCGCGGGAGUUCCGCUUCCCCCGGGCUUUAAAGGCAAAGCAGAGCUGUGCAAGGGCAGAGGGGAGGGGAGAGCACCCAGACGCCCAGACAGGAACAGGGUCCGGAGUAGAACAUUGCGGGUUGGAGCAGCAAUGGGGGACGCCUUCAUCCGGCACAUCGAACUGCUGGGCUACGAAAAAAGGUUUUUCCCCAGCCAGCAUUAUGUCUACAUGUUCCUGGUGAAGUGGAAUGACCUCUCUGAAAAGGUUGUCUACCGCCGCUUUACUGAGAUAUAUGAGUUCCACAAAGCGCUGAAGGAGAUGUUCCCCAUCGAAUCCGGGGACAUCAACAUAGAGAACCGGAUCAUCCCGCACUUGCCAGCUCCAAAGUGGUUUGAUGGGCAGCGCUCAACUGAGAACAGGCAGGGCACACUGGCCGAAUACUGCUACACGCUGGUCAACCUACCUCACAAGAUUUCCCGGUGCCAGCAUGUGAUUAACUUCUUCAAGGUCCGUCAUGACGACAUGAACCCUGUCACAGACAGCCAGAUCAAGAAGCCUGAGGUCUUCCUCCUGCCAAAGGAUUCCAAGAAAAACCUCACUGACAUCACGGGCCCCAUUGUCCUGCAAACAUACCGAGCCAUYGCUGACUAUGAGAAGAGCUCCACAUCUGAGAUGCCUCUCAAAGCUGGGGACAUGGUGGAUGUCGUGGAGAAGAGCGAGAAUGGCUGGUGGUUUUGUCAGUUGAAGAAUAAACGAGGCUGGGUACCUGCUGCCUAUCUGGAGCCGAUGGAUGGUCCUGAUGAGUCUGAAGAGCAGGAGCCUAACUAUGCAGGUGAGGCGUACGUGGUCCUGAAAAGCUACACUGCUGUGGAAGAGGAUGAGSUGACCCUCAAGGAGGGUGAUACCAUUGAAGUCAUCCACAAGCUCCUUGAUGGCUGGUGGGUCAUCAGGAAGGAUGAAACCACAGGUUAUUAUCCCGCCAUGUACCUGCAGAAAGCCGGGGAGGUCAACACCUCCGUGAAGAGUGAGCUGAGGAACCGGAGUGCUCCUCCACGGAGAUCCACCAUCCGAAAUGUGAAGAGUAUCCACAAGCAGGGCCGGAAGCAGAUCAGCCAGGAAACCUAUAGGAGGAACAGCAAGAAGUACAUCCAGAACCAGCGCAACAUGAGGGGAAAAUCCCAGAACAAGGCCAAUGUCAUCAUUGAGAAAAAUGAGCCAGAGGACAACAAGCCCAAGGCUCAACCUGCUAUUCCUCCCCGUCCCAGCAAAGACCUCAUCCUGAAUCGUUGUACCGAGAGCACUCGGAGGAAGAUCCUGUGAGGAUCCUGUGAGCCCCCAUGCCAGCCACACAAUGCUUCAUCUCCUUCAGCUCCUGUGCAGCCCAGACUUGGAGCCAGACCAGGGAUUCAGAUGGUUCUAGCAGUGACCACAGGSCAGGGAGGCUGCUGGCCAAAUCAGSCCAGCCCAGCGCCCAUCCUCAUCCUCCAUCAUGGCCUGCCCAAGGUGUCCUGAUGGCACUGAGAAGGGACCAGCCCUGCUCCACCAGCUCCUUACAGCCACCAGGAGUCCUCAUCUCUAGAUGCCCUUCUAUCACUUCUUGUAUUUUGAAUUAUUUUUGUGGUUUUCAUCAGGAAAGGAGAGACACUUUAGCCUGGCCUCCUCCCUGAGGAGCAGUGUGGGCAUGGUGGCAUAAAAGGUGUUCCUCCCAGGGGGAUGUUGGACAAGGGUCUCUUACAAAAGAURCUGGCAGUGAGGAAAUUUAGUUUGGGGGAUGAAAGGACUGCAGUUUUAUCCUAGAAGGUGGCUGCUUGUCACCCUUGAGAGGAAAGUGAGGGCUGGGGUGUUGGGACAGGGCUGCUUCACGCAGUGGGUGUGGUGGUGUUAUAAACAMRUAUUAUAGGGUUGGCUUUUGCAGAUAUUAAGAUGGGUGCUAUGUGUAUAAUGUUGCCAUUUUUGCAUAAGUAGCUUAGUUAUGCAGACAUAGUGGUGAAAUAAUCACUGGAGGUUUAGUUUUUGUUUUUCUUUUGUAACUCAAGAUAUAGUU